AUGGCGGACAACACCAACGAUGAGGACUUGAAGUCCAACAAGCGCAGCCAUGCAGAAUUCACAGAAAAUGAUGGUUCCGAUAGCUCUUCAGACGAUGACAUGGGACCGCAGUUGCCGUCCGCCUCAGCGCCCAAAAAGAAGCGCCGUGUUCUGCCAUACGAAAAGCUCUACAUCUCAGCCCUCCCCAAGUCGACCCGUUACUCCAAGUCCCUGAUGCACAAAGAGCAGUUGGCAUUUCUCACCAUGACACCUCUGACCGAGUUCCUCAUAACAUCGUCUGUGGAUGGCGUAGUCAAGUUCUGGAAGAAGGUCGCCGACGGCAUCGAGUUCGUGAAGGAGUUCAAGGCCCACCAGGGGGAGAUCCGCUCUGUUUCGACCAGCGCAGAUGGGAGGAGUUUUGCAACUGCCGGCCCCGACAAGACGGUGAAGCUGUUCGAUGUCAUGACAUUUGAUCUGUUAGCUGUUAUCCAGCUAGAGUAUGUGCCGCGGUGUGUAUGCUGGGUUCACAAGAAAGGCGCUUCUCUUCCUCUGCUAGCCAUAUCCGAUGAUAGCCAAAAGCCUGGCAUCCACAUCUACGACGGACGGGGUGAAAACCUGACCCCUAUUCAUACCAUCACCGGUCUUCACCGCAGCCCCGUCUCCCUGAUGGCUUUCAACGACCAUUACGACUGCGUAAUAUCGGUCGAUGAGGGAGGCAUGAUUGAAUACUGGCAGCCCGGAGGAUCUUAUCAAAAGCCUGACAACGUCUUUGAGUACAAGAGCUCAACGAAUCUGUUUGACUUCAAGAAAGCAAAAUCCAUACCGACCUCGCUCACGCUAUCGCCAGAUGGGAGUCGCUUCGCCACAAUAUCCUUCCCUGACAGGAAAAUCCGCCUCUUCGACUUUGCCUCAGCCAAGCUUCAACGCACCUAUGAUGAGUCCCUUCAGGUCAUUGAGGAAAUGCAACAAGCUGGAACAGCGAUACAGAAGCUUGAUCCAGUCGAGUUUGGUCGCCGGUUAGCAACGGAACGGGAAAUCGAAUCCCCAGCUCUCCGCGACAAAUUCAACCUCAUCUUCGAUGAAUCUGGUCACUUUCUCCUCUAUGGCUCUUACCUGGGUGUCAAGGUGCUCAAUACAUUCACAAAUAAAGUGGUAAAAGUGUACGGCCGGGAGGAACAUUAUCGUCCACUAGCACUGGCCCUCUACCAGGGUCAGCCUCAGAAGAAGGGGGUCACUACGAUAGCCAUGGCGGCAUCCAGCAACCCGCUUCUUCAAGAAUCCGAAACAAGGGAUCCCAUAUUGAUCACCACGGGCGUGGGCAAGGUCCGGUUUUACAUGUUCACCAAUGACGAGGAAUUCUCCAAGUCAACCAGAGAUGUUCAAAACGAGAAACCCACGAUUCUAGGGGCAAAGAAGACGGAGCAAAAGAAGGUCGCCGAGACGGGCACAUCGGCGGUCAUCCACACCACAUACGGUGAUAUUCAUAUUCGACUCUUCCCGGAUGCAGCUCCCAAGGCCGUGGAGAACUUCGUGACGCAUUCAAAACGCGGCUACUACAACAACACCAUCUUCCAUCGUGUGAUUCGUAAGUUUAUGAUUCAGGGUGGUGACCCUCUGGGAGAUGGAACCGGUGGUGAAAGUAUCUGGGGGAGAGAGUUCGAGGAUGAAUUUAGCACAUUGAAACACGACAAGCCAUACACGGUUAGUAUGGCGAAUGCUGGCCCCAAUACCAACGGGAGCCAGUUCUUUAUUACCACUGAGAAAACACACACGAUAUUUGGACGCGCCGUUCAAGGUCUUGAUGUCAUCCACAGGAUCGAAAAUGUCAAGACCUACAAAGAGAAACCAGCGGAGGACAUCAAGAUUGUCAAUAUUGACAUUUCGUAG